GCGACUUUGUUUAGAACUCAAAAGGUUUCGUUUGUGAGAAGUUUGUGUAAGUCAACAUUAUGUUGGAAAGUUACAGAAAGACCGUGUUGGUAGACGAAAAAUUUAUCAAGGUGUACGAAGAUGUACUUGCAGAGCUCCUGAAAGUAUCAGACAUGCUUAAACAAGGGGAGAAUGAAGUUAGGCUUUUGGAAUCAUCCCAGAACCUUUUCUGGGAAGUUUAUGACAAAGAGAUGAACACUUUCCCUGAAGACAUCAGGGAAAGCCUUCAACAGAAAUUGUUUGUAAUACUAAAGUAUGGACGAAAACCAUUUUCCAUCGAUCUUCUUCAAGACAGGGCUGUGAUUCUUUUUGCAAGAGUUAAGUAUCACUUCAAGAAAGAGCUCCUAAAACAUCCGGAUAUAAGGCAGUUCCUCAUAGAGAAAAUGUUGAGAGAUGAAGUCUUCUACAAGAGAAAAGAAGCUGCAGCAAUAAAAGUACAGUCAUAUGUCAGAAAGUAUCAGGCACAGAAAAAAUUCAAAAGUCUGAAGGCAUCUGUCAUUCAACUUCAGAGACAAAUUCGUGGGAAGUUAAUGACAGCCAAAGAAAGAGAGAAGUUCCUUGUAUUGAAACGUUCAGCCAUUCGCAUUCAAGCCCAAUUUAGAGGCCACAUUGCCAGAAAAGAAGCAAAGCACAUAAAACAUACUGUAGUAAGAAUCCAGAGACAAAUUCGUGGGAAGUUAAUGACAGCCAAAGAAAGAGAGAAGUUCCUUAUUUUGAAACGUUCAGCCAUUCGCAUUCAAGCCCAAUUUAGAGGCCACAUUGCCAGAAAAGAAGCAAAGCACAUAAAACAUACUCUAGUAAGAAUCCAGAGACAAAUUCGUGGGAAGUUGAUGACAACCAAAGAAAGAAUUAAGUUCCUUGUAUUGAGACGUUCAGCCAUCCGCAUUCAAGCCCAAUUUAGAGGCCACAUUGCCAGAAAAGAAGCAAAGCACAUAAAACAGACUGUAGUAAGAAUCCAGAGACAAAUUCGUGGGAAGUUAAUGACAGCAAAAGAAAGAGAGAAGUUCCUUAUUUUAAAACGUUCAGCCAUCCGCAUUCAAGCCCAAUUUAGAGGCCACAUUGCCAGAAAAGAAGCAAAGCACAUAAAACAGACUGUAGUAAGAAUCCAGAGACAAAUUCGUGGGAAGUUAAUGACGGCCAAAGAAAGAGAGAAGUUCCUAGUAUUGAAACGUUCAGUCAUCCGAAUUCAAGCCCAUUUUAGAGGCCAUAUUGCCAGAAAAGAAGCAAAGCACAAAAAACAUACUGUAGUAAGAAUCCAGAGACAAAUUCAUGGGAAGUUAAUGACAGCCAAAGAAAGAGAGAAGUUCCUUAUUUUGAAACGUUCAGCCAUUCGCAUUCAAGCCCAAUUUAGAGGUCACAUUGCCAGAAAAGAAGCAAAGCACAUAAAACAGACUGUAGUUAGAAUCCAGAGACAAAUUCAUGGGAAGUUAAUGACAGCCAAAGAAAGAGAGAAAUUCUUAAUUAUGAAAGGUGCGGCUCUUACCAUUCAGACAUAUUAUAGAGAAUACAAGACGAAAUGUAUGUAUGAAGAAAUGAAUCAGGCUAUAAUACUAUUUGAGUCAGAUUCUCUGGACGGAGGGAAGCAGAGGGUACUUCAAAAAGCUACAGCAAUCUUACAACGAAUAUUAGAGAAUCACUUUCACAUCAAGCGCGUCAUGCUUAAGGACCAGGUGAUAAAAAAACUGACAUACUUGCUACAGUUUACCAAGAAAACAACAGAGAUGCAUAGAUGCUUCAGAAAUUAUGCACCGCUUUGUGAAGCGAAGAGAAAACUUCACAAUGCACUCAUAAUACAAAACUGGAUGAGAGGGAGAUUAUGCCGCUUAAGAUAUCUGAAGCAGAAGAAGUCCAUGCCUGUGUCAGAAACAGCAGCGUUGAAGUGGAGGGACAUCUGCAAAGAUGAAGAACAAAUUAAAGCAGCAUCCACAACUCAGAAUGACGAAAGGAUGGAGGAAAACAAGGUAAAUGUGAAUGAAGGAAAGAUGGAGGAAAACAAAGUAAAUAUGAAUGAAGGAAGGAUGGAGGAAAACACAGUAAAUAUGAAUGAUAAGAAAAUAGGGAGAAUGAAGAAAUUAAGAAGAUGGAUCAAGCUGUGUUUCUGCUGCUCUGGAUAA